AUAAAGGCGAUGCCUUGUCUGCUAACUGAGUCAUCUGGUCCAUUGAAGUCAAACAGGCGCCCCUCUUUGCCUAUUGUUACCGCUACCGGCCCGAAGUGUUGUCUUUUGAAGCGCCACGUCCUUUUCCUGCCAGCGGACCUAAUUCCAGGUGUUCAGUGAAUCACGGGGGUUGAGGUUUCACAGAAUUGAGCUGCAGCGAACAGUUAGUUGACCGUCGCUCAAAGAUGGCUGGAGCUCCUGCUAGGUCAGCGACUUCGCAGUCAGGCAAGAUGAAAAAGGACGAAUCUUUCCUUGGAAAAUUAGGAGGAACGCUAGUUAGAAAGAAGAAGUCCAAAGAAGUGAGUGACCUUCAUGAGGAGGGGAAGAAUGCCAUCAACACUCCCAUGCUGCCCUCUGGGACUGAAAUCCACCCUGAGGACACCAUGCUGGAAGAGAAUGCUGAGAGGAACAUGCUGGAUCCGACCUCAAGGGAGAAUCCAAAAUUCAAAGAUCUUCAGAGGGUAUUGAUAGACUGGAUCAACAAUGAGCUGGAAGAGGACAGGAUCAUCGUCAAAGGCUUGGAGGAGGAUUGCUAUGAUGGACAGGUGCUUCAGAAAUUAUUUGAGAAGCUGUCUGGGCGUAAGCUGAACGUGGCUGAGGUGACCCAGUCAGAGAUAGGACAGAAACAGAAGCUCCAGACGGUACUGGAGGCCGUCAACGAGCUGCUCCGGCCUCACGGCUGGUCCAUCGAGUGGAGCGUCGACUCUAUCCAUGCUAAGAACCUGGUGGCCAUAGUGUACCUGCUGGUGGCUCUGGCCAUGCACUACCUGGCCCCCAUCAGACUGCCAGAGCACGUCUCUGUACAGGUGGUGGUGGUCAAGAAAAGAGAAGGCAUACUGCAGACGUCUCAUGUGACUAAGGAGCUGACGAGCACUACAGAGAUGAUGAUGGGUAGAUUUGAAAGGGAUGCAUUUGACACCCUCCUGGACCACGCACCGGACAAGCUCAAUGUUGUGAAGAAGUCCCUCAUCACCUUCGUGAACAAACACCUGAACAAGCUGAACCUGGAGGUCACAGAGUUGGAGUCACAGUUUGCUGAUGGUGUGUACCUGGUGCUGCUGAUGGGACUGCUGGAGAACUACUUUGUCCCCCUCUACAACUUCUUCCUCACACCAGAGAACUUUGAGCAGAAGGUUCACAACGUGGCAUUUGCCUUUGAACUGAUGCAGGACGGAGGCCUGAAGAAACCCAAAGCCAGGCCAGAAGACGUUGUGAACUUGAACCUGAAGUCUACCUUGAGGGUGUUGUACAACCUGUUCACCAACUAUAAAAACUCUGAGUGAUGUCUACCUGCCACGCACAGUCACAGUCACAGUACAGUGUGAGGAGAAUGAAGGCACUGUGUUUGUGCGACCUUCACACUGGCUGAUGUCUGAACCCCUGAGGAACCCACUGGGACUAAACCAAAGGCCCACCCCUUGUAUCAGUGGGAUGGCCUGAAGAGACUCCGAAUGUUUGUAUUUCAUCUCCCCCAGUGUCAGUAUUUAAAUCCUCCUUUAUGCUAACCCUACCCAAGCACAUGUAUGUUUCAUGUUUUAGUACUCAGUCAACACUGUAGAAUGAUUCAUGCAACUGGAAAACAUGGGUUUGUAUUUUAUGCAAAAAGCUUCAUGCAAAAAGCUUUAUAAGAAGAUAUUUUAUGAUCCACUGUUGCAUAUGCAAAGACUUGCUGUAGAUCAUAUCUCAGAAAGCUUUGUACAUUAUUCCCAUAUCAUUAUUAUAUUAUUAUUGCUACAUCUAUUGUUCUAUUGUAUCUAGCCAUUUCAAAAUAUGAUAUGAAUGAAUUCUAACAGUACUUUUAGAUUUCUCCGAUUUGUUUAUAUGGACAGGUUCAAGCCAUAUUUCUUAUCCGAUGCUGACCCUGUUGCCUUUCGCCUUAAGUGCCAUGUUAUUCUCUUCCUACUGUACCCGAGAGAGCCACAAAGCAUUGUGGUAUUAACCUGCCCUUCAGACGAUUCCCAGUAGACCGUCCGGAGAACAGCUAGCGAGGCUCUCCACCGCGAUUUAGCAAAGAGCGAGAGACCAGAGGGCUGCAUGUAGCCUAAAGGAGUCCACUCAUGCAUUUUAGACCGAGGGUAAAUUAUUAAGAGGGAUGAGUCAAGUUUGGUUCUCCAGGAGAACAACUUGUCUCAGUGCUUGUAUGUAUCUGCCUCGAUGUCUGUCUAUCCCAAAAUAAAUGUUUCAACUCAGA